CGCUCCAGUAAAAGCAGAGUUAUUCGGAGGCAGAAAAUGGGACCGGCUGCCACCUCGCUCGCUCUCCUGUCUCUGUGCUCUCUGGGUCUGUGUGUUCCUGCAGGGACGGCUGACGCUGCACCAACUCAGGCGUCUCUGCCAGAGGUGAAGAAGGCGAGAGGGGACGUUCCUGACAUCCUUCCAGAGCCCGAACCAGAGCCGACCAGCCCGGUGUCAGACUUUGAAAACUCGUACAACUAUGUCUUGUCCAGACUGGCCGACAUGGACCAAGCCAUCCACAAGCUGAACGUAGGUCACUACACUCUGGAUGUGAAAGUCAGCCAGCUGUUGGACCGUCUGUCCAGGAUGGACGCUAAAGUCGGGGAGCUGGAGGACAACAUCCAGGAGGUCUACCAACACAGCAAGGACAACCGCAAGGAGACAGGACGACUGGAAGGUUGCCAAAAGGGACGCAGGGUGGGAUACAAGUGUUAUCUCGUGUACAACAGCUACGAGGACUACGCUGGAGCGUCCAGGAAGUGCCUGGAACGAGGCGGCCGCAUGGCGAUGCCCCGCGACCGGAAGGAGCAGGAGGCCCUCGCCGACUACGUCAAGUCCUUCUUCCACCCGGGGAACUGGCCCGUCUGGCUGGGCGUCAACGACCUGCGAUCUGAGGGCAUGUAUCUUUUCGAUGACGGGACGCGCGUCUCGUACUUCCAGUGGCGCAAACACUUCCUGUCCAGCCAGCCGGAUGGAGGGAGGCGGGAGAACUGUGUGGCGAUGUCAUCGGACGACGGCGACUGGUGGGACCACUACUGCGAUCGGACCAUGAACUAUCUGUGCGAGUUUGAUGACAGAGUGGCACUUUAAAUGACCUCCUCAGAAAGCUUUACUCUCUCUCACCGUGAACUUUGACCUCCAGCUGAUCAGCAGAAGUAUUUUCAAAUAACUUAUUUCCCCUGAAAGGACAUUUUGAACAUACCUGCACUGGUUGUUUCAGGUGAGGAAGUCUUCAAUCUCUGUAGGAAACUAGUCUGUUUUAAUAUGAAUAUUCAGUAUAAUAUCUACUGUAUAUGCAGUUAGUGUAGCAUGGGGGGGCACGUGUAUUUUUAGUGCAGAAUAGAGGCUCUGCGGUAAUUCACUGGCAACAAAGUCCGUGUGACCAGCUCAGCUUGAACGCUUCCUGUUCCAGCAGCCCGCUGGCGGCCGGUAUGAGAGGUUACAGCUGUUUAUCGUUCUUCACACAAACGCUACCAUUCAUCCUUCCGCUCAUGUUAAACACUGUUCAUUAAUCGGUUUGUAGGCGAUUUCAAGACACAGUCACAACAGGAGGCAGAAUAAACGCCAACAACCGUUUCUAAAAUCGAGGCAACUCACCGAUUCCGUCUCUCAGUGAUCCACACAUCAAUAAAACUCAGACAGAACGGUCUGGAAACAUCCGCAAAGGUCCAGAAGAUCCACCGCAGUGAAGACAUUCAGUCCAAAACAAGAUAAUAAUCCACAGAAAAAUAUCACACACAACCUGAAGUGAUAAAUAUAGUAAAUGGCUGUAAAUGUAAAGAUAUACAGCCCAAACAUUGGUAUAAAUACCUUAAAUAUGAAUAAAGAUGGCCAAAAUGUAGAUUUAAAAAAAUAUAUAAGUACAGAUAUUUAUGUGGAUACAUAUAAUAAAUAGCCUUUUUUAGAGGACGCCUACAUAUACCACCAGAGAAAACAUGGAAAUAUUCAGUUUCUGUGGUGUCAUUACCAGUUUUUAUUGAACCUGGACCAGGAUCAGGCUUCAUGCUGUGGUUUCAUUGUGUUUUCCAGCUAAUUAGUCCCAGAUAAAAUCAUCUGCAGGCAUAAAAACCUUCUACUUCACUGUGUUCAAACCUCUGUGCCUCAAAGCCAGCAGCACUGACACUGAUUCUGACUGCUGGAGAUAAAGUUCAGAGUGUUUCCUUUCUAAAGAGACCAGAACCCUGCAGGCCCUCCAGAAGGUUCAAGAACAGCUGCCCUGGAGAGGCGUUUCUACUGGACCGGUCAAAGAGUCCAAGCUGCCGCCACCAGAGCGCUGAUGUGAAGCUCUGUUUCAAAUUCUGAAAAUAAAAUACAUGGUUCAGAUUUUCAGGUGAAACACACGUCUCAAAUGUGCAGGACUUCAUCAAAUCACGUCAGAACUAGAAGAGCUGCAUUACUCAUGCAGCUGCAGUGGUCUAACUGUGAACCAGUCGGGCCUCAGCUUUCAACAGAGGAAAAACAGCUGGAGGCCCCGUCCUCCGAAUCAGCACCAAAUGGACCUGCUGAAGAUGUUAGUCAGUGUGUGUUUGGGCUUCACAGGAAUUAGCCAGAGCCUCUCGAUUUGAACUGUUGUCUGGCAGCAGGUCUGAUUCCCGUUAAACCCGAUUCUUCAUCACGUUCAGAGCCGCAGUCUCACCGACACUGUGUGGAAACGCAUCCUGAAUCAGAGUCCGACAGCAUGUAAAACAGGAAGGUUGGACAUAAAAAGCUGAAUGUGAAAUAUUUUUCAUGAAUCAUUAAUGAUGGUUGAUUCGACAUCAGUCAAAAAAUGUGAGCUCUGCCUCAGUUCUCGGCCUGGAUGUUGAUACCAAACACCAAAAUGAUCAUUUUCUCAGACUUUACUUUGAGACACAGACUUAUUUUUCUAUAGAAGCCUUUAUUUUGCAAAACCUCUGAAAUAUUAAAUGAAAUCCUGCUUAAACAAAUGCAACUGUACAAAACACGUAAAUUACCAAACUGUUUUAUUUAAAUCAGGAACAGUCUCAUCAAUAAAAAGACUCUGACCGGACAUUCGUCUCGACGUUCUUUAAACUCGGAGCUGCAGAAACAUUU